UGAGCGCCGCGCCGUCAGUUUGCGUCUGCCUAGGGUCGCGACGUCCUCGUUCACCACGUACCACUGAGAUCGCGCCUCGUCGCUUCCGUAUACGCGAUCGAACAUCGACGGCCGACGACGUCAUCUCGUCGACGACGUCCCGACGAGGGACGCCAGAAAUAUAUCGUAACGCUCCGAUCGCGAUCGAUAGAUCAUAGGCCACGUGACCGAUCGCCGCAAGCAUCUUUCCUUUCCGUUUUACGGCGAUCGACUGGUCCGGCGGGGGAAGUUUGAGGGAAUCCUCGGGUAUUCCGGGGGUGAACCUGAGAAUUCUCAGAAUUCUCCCAGGAUCCUUGAGAGUCCUUGGAGAAGUUUGCGAGAUAAGUCGGGACUUUGCGAACACUCCGGAAGCAACUCGGAGCGUCUAAGAUAUCUCAAAAGUUUGAGGAGACAUAAGAAAGCUUGCAGAUUUUUGGAUAAGUUUACGAGAUGGCGAAUUAGUUUGUAAAAAGCGCGAGGAAAGUCGCAAGUUUUUGGAAAGUAGAUCUCGAAAUUCUGCGACGUGUAAAGCAGUUCGGAAGUGUUUGGAACAUUAUCAAGAGCCACUGAAAACUCUAAGGAGUUUUCAAGAAUCUUUAGACGUCUAGGCGGGGAGGAUCAGAAAUUCUUUCGCAGUCUGCGAAAAUUCCUGCGAAAGAUCUAACACAAUUUCAAUUCUAGCUUUUGAGAAAUUGUGUUCCAAGGUUACCAUACAACUUUUUACGUCGCGUAGAUUUUUGAUCACGUGACUGGGGAGUUUCAAAACUUUCAGGAAUCUACCCUGAAGGUGUGCACCGCGUUUUAUUUACAUCAAGAGAAGACUUUUAUCAAUAUUUUUUAAUGAGACCUAAAGGACUCUCCGAUCGAAGUAAAAUUGAUUAAAAGUGAAAUCAAGUAAAGAAUUAACUUUCUCGUGCCUCGUGCGUUUCAUGCUCUAUCUAUCUAUUAUCGAGGACUUUCUAUGGAAUCUCCAUUGCAAAUUCUCAACUGACGAGUGUUUCUCUAGGACUCCGUUUGAAUCUUUACCGGAGGAUAUUUUCGCUCCGCGCUUCGAGAACCUUAAAGUGAAAGGGCUUGACGUUUAAAGGGCUUCUGGUUAUCCUGCCCCGUCAUGACUCCGAGGAGUUCUGUUUGAAUAGUCCUGAAUACAGUAAGAACGACAUAAGUGGAAUUAUCGAAGAUCAAUAAAGCCUUGAAGUUGAUCGAUCAGCAGCCCGAUAUUUUUGAGGAAUCGGUGAAUUCAAUUCGACGACUCGGGGGACAGGAGUAGAUGGAUCUAUUUUGAUAUCUAACAGAAUUGUUUUCUUCUCUCUACAGAAAUUUUGAACCGAGAUUACGGCUAAGGAUCGAUCUCGGGACUGAGUGCGUGGAUCGUGCAUGUCCGAAGUCGGCGAUUCGCAAAUCACGGCGAUGAAGAUGAGCAAAGUGGGCAACCAGACCAAUUCACAGGACCCACAGGCAGUGAAUUCACGCGUUUUCGUCGGGAAUCUGAAUACAUUUCAAUGCAGUAAGACCGAUGUGGAACGAAUGUUUCAACGCUAUGGCCGUCUGGCCGGUAUCUCUAUGCACAAGGGCUACGCAUUCGUGCAGUUCACAAAUCCGUUUGACGCACGCAGUGCGUGCCUCGGUGAAGAUGGCCGCACCGUCCUCAGCCAGAUUCUCGAUGUGAAUAUGGUAGCCGAGCCAAAACCUCACCAAACUGGACGCAAGCGACAGAAUGUCUCCAAAACUGGCAACGAUUGGGACUACUACUAUGACAGUUAUUACGCGUCGACCGCGUUUCCGCCACGCUUAGCACCGCCGCUGAAGCGACCGCGUUUGAUGCCACCGACACGAGCGCAGCAUCCGAAGCUACAGAAACAACAAUCGAUGGCAAAUACCGGGACGAUACCCGACUUGAAUCAACUUAAAGUGUACAGCAAUCCAGAUAUACUGAUCUGCGGCAACUGCAGGGAGAUGUUCACGGAACUCGGAGAGCUGUUGGAGCACAAGCGGAACUACUGCAAGCUGCGGUUCACAUGUAAAUGUCACACCUUCAACGGAGCCGCCCCAAGAGACUCGACGACGGCGUUGCUCUGCGUCCUCUGCAAGUUAUCCUUUCCAAGUGCUUGGGAAUUGAUGGUUCACGCCCAGGCAGCUCACAUGAUCAACAUUUACGAGCUAGGCACAAGAGCGCCGAGUCCGUCGCGGAGUCCUAGCCUUGACCAGCCGAAGGAGUCAUCGCCUUCCCCGCAGGAUUUCCAGGAAAUCAAGGCUACGGAUUGCGAAGAGCGCGCGGAGGAGGAGGAACUUGAUGGACAUGAGUUAAUACCGUCCCCCGACAGUGGCAAGUCAACGGACAACGAAGCGGCUCUGUCGCCGAUCAAGAUUCGAUCUGACGUUAACGGGUUGGAUCACGAGGACUGCGACGAAUUGAUCCACGUCGAGAACACCGCGCAAGCAUGCAUCAUGCAUACUCUCAGCAUUGACUCGUCCUUGGAGCUAAAUUCUGACACAAACACGAGGGCAACUUCUGGAACGGUGAUGGCCUUGACCAAUGGUUCAUUAUCGGCGAAGGAGUAAAUGAGGAAAAAGAAAAAAAAAUGUUAAAAGAGAAGAUAAAAAAAAAUAAAGAAUAUUCAUCGGAACGGUCUUCCCCGGCCAACCAACGAGACAUAUCGAUCUCCUUUAAGGAUAACGCACCCGUUUGUAUAUAGCUUAAUUGCCUAACAAAUUAUAUCCAGGAUCGUUAGAUCCCGUGGUCUAUGCCGGCUGAUCGAAUAUUGAUCAUCUUCCAAAAAAAAAA